AUGUAUUAGUAAAAGGAUAAGGAAGGCAAAUAUAAUAAGAAUUAGAAGAGGAAAGGUCAAAUUAAGAACAAGUUGAAAAUGAGGAUGAUUUCAAAGUUGAACAAUUUAGAAUAUGAGAUUGAGAUUCAAAAUGAUGAUGAAUAGAAUUAAACAAGAAAAUAAAAAUAAAAUAAUUAUUAACAAAAAUAUAAUCAGCCAUUAAAUUUUAAUAAUAAGUUUAUCCAUAAUGAAAAGAAAUAAAUUAAGUUUUUGCUACUUUUAUUUAUUAAUUAAAGGGUGCUUCAAAAUUUUAAUUCCUAAAAGUUUUCUAAAAAUGAUAAAUCAAAAUAAAAAGAUAAAUUAUAAGUAAAUUAAAUGAAAGCAAUAAUUCACUCAUUUAUAAUGGUAGAUGGAGAUAUUAAAAAUGAUAGAAUAAUCUUACAUAAUAGAUUUAACUAAAUAAAUUUUAUUCAUAAAGAAAUUAUAAUUAUAAAAUCAUUCAUAUAGGAUAAUAAUAAAUUUUAAUACAUCUAUUUUUGGUUUAAAUAUAAUAAGAAUUAAACAUUUAUCAUCUUAUUGAAUUCAAUUAUAUUUUUAUACAAAAUUACAUCAAUUUUAAAAGUUCUUGGAGUAUUAUGUUACUUUGAAGUCUUAAUCAUAAUAUAGAUUAAGAUUAACACUAUUAUAAAAAAAUGA